AUGGCUGGAAGGUCGGAGGGAUGGAUUGAUGAACGGACAGACAGAAUGAAUGAUAACAAUAGCUCACAUGGUGAACCAAUGAUGUUGAUAUCAUUUAUUUGCAUUGUACUAUUGGGGGUAACACUUCCAUCAAUAAGUGGGCAGCCCUUACCCCCAAGCUUAGGAGGUUCACCCCCUGGAGGGCUAGGAUCACCUCUUGGUACAUGUAUAGAUAUUGUGUUCCUGUAUGACAUAUCCUGCUCCAUACAAAAGGAAGACAUGCUAAGAUCUGUUGAGUUCACUAAGGCACUUCUUGACAGACUUGAUAUUAGGAAGACGAUGGAUAACACUGGCUCACGCCAGACAGAAACCAGAAUAGCAGCUGCUCUGUUUGCGAGCAAUCUUCACCAUGUAAUCCACCUGAAUGAGUUCACUGCAGAUAAGAAUGAGAUACUGGCUGCGCUUGAUAAGGUUAAAGACGCCAUAGAAAAGACUGUGGUUGAUUGCGACACCAGAACCAACAUAGGUAUAGAAGCUUUGGAGAGUACAUACUUCACAGAGGAGUAUGAUAGACGCGAGGAGGCAUUUGAUGGAAAACAGAAAUAUCCAAAUGCUGCAGUUAUAUUCACUGAUGCUAGAACGAAACCAGCGAGACACAUUAAAUUUCUUGUGGCGGAUAUAGAAAAUGUCAAAGCAGCUGGUAUCGACUUAUUUCUUGUCUUGUUACAAAACAAAUUUCAAAAGGAUGGUGAAUACAGACCACCAACUGAUGUUGAGAUCCUGACUGGUGGUGACACCAACAAGCUAUAUGACAUCAGAGGUGGAUUAGAUGACAUCAAUCAGGCAAGAGGGCUGGCUGAUUACCUAAAUAUGAACUACCAGUGUGGACUUGCCAAUGAUGACUUUUUAUUAUGUGCUGAUCUAAUCUUCGCUUAUGACGUCUCCUGUAGUAUUACCCCUGAGACAAAGGUCUUGAUGAAAUAUGUCAUGGAGAAAACAUAUAAAAUGUUAACAUCGGGAGAAGUUGGGGGAUUGGCUGAGGUAUCUGUUUCUGCAAUAGCUUUUGACCAAACUGCGAGAACACAAUUCAACAUAUCCGAUUUCACACAAGCUGGGGUUGACAGCAUUACCGAGUCUCUGGAAAACCUAGAUAUGAUGGUGGAUGAAUGCAGGACAGUUACGCAGAAUGUGUUCUAUGAGGCUCAAGUACUUGUGGAUGAUCCUGCUAAUAGAGAAAAAGCCCCAAAUUAUCUAAUCAUAUUCUAUGAUGGUUUAACGGCACCCCUACAGAGACGAAAUCAGACAAUUGCAGCAGCUAGAAAUUUCCGAGAACCAGCAGAUACUGAAAUUAUUAUGAUUCGUCUAAAUAACAAUAGAAACAAAGAUGGCACAUUAGAAUUUGAGCAAAUACCAAGCUUUAGUGAAAAUGAAGAUGUGUUUUUCAAUUUACCGAAUGAUAGGUCAAAAGGCAAUUUCCUAAAUGAGGAAAAUAAAGAUCAAAUUGUGCUUGAAUUGUUGAGUCAAUUAGAAAGAUCUUUGUGUGAAGUUUAGUAAGCAGCCUUCAUAAAAUUGCCGAUACACAAGAAAUCAAAAUAUUUUCACUACACAGACACAUCAAAUUUUCAUAUAUGGUAUAUAUAAUUUAUCGAAUUCACGAGUGAUUUUGCCAUAAAAGUCAACUCAAAGCUCAAAACUAAUCAAUUCAUUAUAUGAUUGAUGAUCUUGUUAUUGCAAUGAUAACAGAGUUUGAAUUAAUGAGCUUUAUAUGUGUACUCUGUUUAAUGUCUUUAUAAUUGGUAAUGACCAAGGACUAUCAAUUGUUAUAAAAAAUGUAAAACAAUGUUUAACUGUGAAUACAGACAUAAGAAAGGAUGAAUUAAAUCAGCUUGUGUUUUUUUUAUUUUCGAUGUUUUAUAAUGCUAAUUUGAAG